AAUGCAAAAAUAGUAUAGCAUGUAAAGUUCCUAUUAUCUAAUAAUAACUCAGCUUUUAAUCGGUAAUUAAUAAAGUUUUCAGAAUUUAAAAAUGCCUCCGAAAAAAACCACGAAACCAAAAAAAUUAGAAGUUGACGAAAAUAAACCAACUCCGUCUACAAGUAAAUCCACCAAAGUCCGCCAGGGAGCUUCAAAGGCCCAGAAACGAGUCUUAAAGGAUAAGAACGACUCAGAUUCAGAUUCAGACUUUUCCGAAAAUACAACAGAAUAUGCAACAACUCCCAAAGGAGGUAAGACUCCGGAAACCGAAGCGGUUUCAAAGAAAGAUAAGAAGGUUCCUAACAAAAAAUCCGCGAAACCAGGGAAUCCAGCAGCUGACGAAAAUGAACCAACUGCGUCCACAAGUAAAUCAACCAAAAUUCGCCAGGCAGCUGCAAAGGCUCAAAAGCGAAUCUUAAAGGAAGAAAACGAGUCAGAUUCAGACUUCUCUGAAGAUACAACAGAAUAUCCAACAACUCCCAAGGGAGUUUCGGCCAAAAAGAAACCUAAGAAGACGCCAGAAUCGGAACCUGCGUCGAAGAAAGAGAAGAAAGGAAGUGCACAGGAGACUAGAGACAAGAACAAAGCUAUUUACUUUAAAAGCAUUCUCACUGCAGAUGCUGAAAUUAUGAACAACAAUGACGGGAGUCGAGUUAAAAAUUUCUGUACACUCAUGGACAAACUCAAAUCGGGUCGCAUUCAAAAAGUUGCGUUCACGGACAGCAUGACGAGCACCGUGGUGGACAGAUUGAAGGAGUUCAAGGUCUGGAGAACCAGGAAUCCAUUUGACAGUCGUAUAACCUCGAUUUGCUGGCACCCGACUAAGCCUGGUUUGGCCUGUGUAGGCAGUAAAUGGGGAGAUCUUGUCCUCUGGGACGUGUUCAAGGACCUUUUCGAGGACAAAAUUAGUGAGGAUUGGGUUGGAAAGUAUGAGGGUCGAGGUCCUGGUGGUUCCAUCCAAUCCUUGAAGUUUGACGAGAUAUCACCGAACAGACUGUAUUUUGCAAGUAUAGAUGGUACUGUUGGAUUGCACGAUUUUGAGACAAGUCAUAGAGAAGAAUACCUGCAGACUAAUGAUUGGAGUAAGUGGUAUACUGGAUUAGACGUCAGCUUCUCAGGGAAAACAAUUCUAGCCGGCAGGAAUAAUGGUGAGGUGACCCUACUAAGUCUGGACGGAAACGAGAUUUGGAAUAAACGUCUCCAUAAAUCUAAAUGUAACUUUGUACAGUUUAGUGACAGGGACAAGACAUCAACUCUAGCUGUUCUGGAACAUGAUCUACCGGUCAACUCGGCCUUUUUCUCCAGUAUGAGUGGAGAUAAGUUACUGACCACUGAUCAGAACUCACAGAUUCGUGUUUAUCAGGGACCUGGCUGGGAUUUAGCACGUAUUAUUCCUCAUCCUCAUCGACAGUUCCAGCAUCUUACAGCUAUUAAGGCUACCUGGUAUCCCUUGCUGGAUAUACCUGUAGUUGGCAGAUAUCCAGACCCUAAAUUUCCUGGAUAUCAGGACGGAGAGAGGAGAACAAUCGACUUCUAUGAUUCAGAAUCCGGUGAAUGUUUAUUAAACCUUCAUCAACCAGGAUUGGAUAAAAUUAUACCUCUCAAUCAGUUCAGCCCAACAGGAGAGUUUUUGUUAUCUGGGAUGGCGUCAACUAUUCUUAUUUGGAAACAGGAUCCAACCAAGGAGGAGAAUGAGGAGUGGGGGGAGGAGGAUGAAGUACCAAGAAGAUCAGUUCCAUCCCAACCUGGAGCUCAGAACUGGCCCGAGCUGGAGUCUAAGAAGAAACCGAAGAAUGAGAAGAAAAAGAAAGAAGCAGACACAGAGAUGAAGAAAAAGAAAGUAUCAGACACAGAGAUGAAGAAAAAGAAGAAAUAAAGAGAAUAAUGAAGGAACAUGUUUCAAGCAUGAUCUUAAUACCAGUACUAUAUUUUCUAAAAUAUAUUUGAAGGAAGAGUUUACGAUUUGUGAAUGGGAUGCAGAGACUACAAUAACUUACAUAAUUAAUUUUUAUGCCAAUCUAUUCCUAGAAAUAUAAGAGAUAAAGGUUGUUA